UGGGGUGGAGUCUCUUCGAACGUACUCAGACAUGGAGCGAGGCCGGGACAAGGGCGAGAUCCUGGCAAGCAAAGCUCUCUCGAAGUACAUAUUGGAGACGAAUGCAUAUCCGAGAGAGCACGAGCAGCUGAAAGAACUCAGGGAGGCCACGGUCCAGAAGUACCAAAACCGGAGUAUAAUGAACGUGCCGGCUGACGAGGGGCAGCUAAUCUCCAUGAUGUUGAAGCUCAUGAAUGCGAAGAAGACGAUCGAGAUCGGAGUCUUCACCGGCUGUUCUCUUCUCACCACCGCACUUGCACUUCCGGCCUAUGGCAAAAUAAUAGCGAUAGACCCGGAUAAGGAGGUCUAUGAAAUUGGCCUGCCAUAUAUCCGAAAAGUCGGAGUUGAUCAUAAGAUCAACUUCAUCCAGUCGGAUGCUUUUUCGGUUCUGAACGACUUUGUCGCGGAUAGCCAAGAAAAGGGGACCUUUGAUUUUGCUUUUGUGGAUGCCAAGAAGGAUGACUACAUGAAAUACCACGAGCUGGUGCUCAAGCUGGUGAAGGUCGGAGGAGUGAUGGGGUACGACGACACACUCUGGUUCGGUGCGGUCGCGGUCUCCGAAGACGACGAGAUGAACGACCACCUGAGGCUCCGGCGAGGCCAGCUCAUGGAGUUCAAUAGCUUCUUGGCGAAGGAUCCCCGUAUUGAGUGCUGUCUUCUUUCCGUCGGAGGUCGCCUCAGAAAAUCGGGUAUGAAAUUCUACAAACCAGGAGCCCAAUUACUCUCUAAGAUCCUUGUAGUCUCUUCCUUGUAGACCGUUUCCCACAGGGACCGGACUGGACCAGCACUAUGCAAAGAAGGCUUCAAAAAGAGGCGCCUACAAAGCGUGAGAAAAUAUUGGGUGGCCCGGGACCUCCACGUCAGCGUGGUCCCGGACCACUCGUGCGGCGCCACGGGGAAGUGUGGGCCCCUUGCUGUCUCUCCUCCUCUUCUCUCCCACGUCGUUUUAAUUCAAACCAACGCGCGGGCAUUCUCUCUCCUCUUUGCUCCUUCUCCUCUCUCUCCUCUCCCUUCUCACUCUAUCCUCUCUUUCCUGACCCGACGACUCUCUCCCAAAUAGCGCUCGCUCUCCGACGACGGCGACGCUCCCUGCCGACGACGGCCUGUCUCUCUACUCGCCGGCCUCUUCCUCCCGACCUCUUUGUUCCCGAAUCGCGCUCUCUCCUGACGCUGGGCUUUCUCCGACGAGGGCCGCGCUCUCUCCGCUAUGGUCAAAGCCGUCUCUCCCGAGAAGCCCUAGAUCUGCGACGACAAUCCCCGCUUCACUUCGUACAGGGCCGACGAGGUCCUUGGUCGGAACUGGUGAGUUGGUCCCUCUCGUGUCGAUUUGAUUCGUGGGGCUUUUCCCGGCCGCCUCUGUUUUGGUCGGUCUAGCGGGUAGUGGAAAUGGAGAGGAUUUCUGGGCUCUGCUCUUCUUUUGUUUUGCUGUAUAGGGGUAUUCCUGGAUCUAUCUGUCGGAUGAAGGAGAGCUUGUUGUUUUGAAGUUUGAGAUAUGUUGUAAAGGAGCGAUUUUUCCGGCUGCCUCUGUUUUGGUCGUUCUAGUGGGUAGUGGAAAUGGAGAGGAUUUCUGGGCUCUGAUCUUCUUUGUCUUACUGUUUGGGGUAGUCCUGGGAUCUAUCUGAAGAAUGAAGGAGAACUUGUUGCUUUGAUGUUUGAGAUUUGUUGUAAAGGAGCGACUUUUCGCGGAGGGCACGUGUUAACUCGUUUGGUAUGUGAGAGAAUUUGAAGGAUAGAAGGAAUACGAGGUAAGAGAUGUUGAUUGGUGUACCAGAGAGCGUGAAAAUAGGGAGGUUUUAUUGGUACAUCAUCAGUAAUAAUUUCAAUUUGGGCUGUGGUCUUGUAAUAUAGAUAUAGCGUAUUUAAUAGGCAGACCAAUCAGAAUACAGGAUUACAUUUCGCUUGUAGGACUCAAGGAAAGCUUUUUCCGCAGUUACAAGCGAAUUCAUCAUAACUACUCAGCAGUCAGCACAUAUCCUGUCACGUGAAUAUGUAUGUAUUUUUAGGGUGAAUUGAAUCAGCGAUGCCCAACUUGUCCUUCUUUUCUCAGUUUUUACAUGCAGCAUCAAGAGGAAACUUUCUCUCUGGAGUAGAACAUACUUUGAUUUGCGAUUGCUGUCUGUAUAUGGUUUUUGUUUUCUUGCGGCAACAUUUUCAACUGUUGCCGUGACACGAAAGGAAAUUGGAGGAA